AUGUACUAUGAACUUGCAAAAGACGUGCCAACAGACAAGAAGGAGAUUAUUGUGCUAGGGGAAAUAUUAGUAGAGGAAGAAGACAUAUUCCUACAAGGAGCAGAUGACUACAAAGUAUCUUUAUCCUUUUCCCAAGAGGACGAACCCAUGAAGCACGAUCUUUCUGAAUACGAAGGCGAGAAAGUGCUAAUUUUUGGUGCUCCAUCAAAAGAUUCCAUAAAAGUAAUUGGACACAGUGCAUUCAAAACACCAAUCGAUGAAAAUCUAUUCAGAAAUGCAAUAAAAGAAAUGGGAAAAUACCCAGAUCUUUUUGAUAACUAA